AACAACAACACGGCUAACAGUCGGCACAUUCAUCCAACAACCGUGCUGAGCGACAGACGGACGACAGACAGACGUGUGUAGGAGGAGCUGAGAGCACAGACUGCACUAUGCAGCAGUCUCUCACAUCGAGCCUUCAGUUAGCGGCAGGACAGAAGACUUGGUGUGCCGUUAGAAUUCAAAGAUAAUGCAGUGAAGCAGUUAUUCAGUCGGAGCUGGCCCUCUGCGGCCGUCUGUGCAGGUCGUCAACGUGUCAGGUUUAUUUGGGCUUCUCAGAUUUACCAUGUAAAGGCUGGAGCUCACACAGGGUGCUGUGAGCGCAGCCAGGGGGUGAAGGACGAGUGCAGCUCAACAUUACUGCCUUUGGAUGGGAUGUGUUUCUCCAGGGGAGGGGAGGUGUUAACUGUUUGGUUAAAGAUCUGAGCACGUCUUCCAGCACUGCUCCUCGUGUCUCUGCUGCAGCUCUACAGCUCACGAUGCUGCAUGGCUGCGUCGCUGGUGUUCAGACUACAUGACCGAGGUCCAGAGGUGGUGCGGGAGGUGCUUCUGGAGCGAGGAUGGGAGGAAUAUGACGAAGAAGAACGGGAGGAGGAAGACUGGAACCUGUACUGGCGGGGGUCUGCAUUUCGCAACUCGGAAUAUCACAACCUGUUGCCAUGGCAGCGCCUCAACCACCAUCCCAAAACGGUUGGCAUCACACGCAAGGACUGCUUGGCACGCAACCUGAGGAGAAUGCGAGCCACGUUUGGUUCAGCUCUCUACGACUUCAGUCCGACCGUCUUCAUCCUCCCCAACGACUACACCAGCUUCCUGUCCGAGUACAACAAACGCCGUCUGCCCAGAGGACCGACGGCCUUCUGGAUAUGUAAACCUGUGGAUCUCUCCAGAGGCAGAGGGAUCUUCAUCUUUGAGCAUAUCAAGGAUUUGGUUUACGACUGCUCUGUGAUCGUACAGCGGUACAUCAGCAACCCUCUGCUGAUCUCCGGCUACAAGUUUGACCUGAGGAUCUACGCGUGCGUGAAGAGCUUUCAUCCCCUGACUGUUUACAUUCAUCAAGAAGGCCUGGUGCGCUUCGCCACCGAGAAGUACAACCUGUCAUCUCUGCAGAACCUGUACGCUCAUCUCACCAACACCAGCAUCAAUAAGUUCGGUCCCUUCUACAAGAUGGAGAAAGAGAGAGUGGGCCAAGGAUGCAAGUGGACCAUGAGCAAGUUCAGGCAUUUCCUCCACAGCCAAGACAUCAACGAGCUUCUUCUGUGGCAGAAGAUCAACAACAUCGUCACCCUGACCCUCCUCACCAUCGCUCCCGCCGUCCCUUCCUGUCCAAACUGUGUGGAGAUGUUUGGCUUCGACAUCCUGAUUGACGCCAAGUUCAAACCUUGGCUGCUGGAGGUCAACUACAGCCCUGCGCUGACUCUGGACUGCCAGGCAGAUAUUACAGUGAAGAAAGGACUGAUCAGCGAUCUGAUUGAUUUGAUGAACUAUACAUUGGCUGACAGCUUGAGACAGAGGGCCUAUCAGAGACGAGGGUACAAGCAGCCUUGUUUCCACGCUCACCACCCCUCGCAUGUUUCAAUACCUGUGCUCUCCAAGUUUAAAGAAACCAAAUUUCAGAAGCGAAGGAGCGGUAGCCAUUCUCUACAGACUCUCCCUCUGAUAAAAACUCAUCGCCCGCCUGAAAGAAUGAACCACAGACAGCCCAGACAACAUGCUUUUAUAGCCGACUACCAAAGACACCUUCCCCCUGUUGACUUAAACCAGAUGUGUGCUUCCAGAAUAGUUAACGCCAACAAAGCCCACACGGACGACGAGACCCUGAACCUGAUCCUUGGCCUCCAUUCAAGGACAGAUGUGUCAGCGGUAAACAGACAGACGUGUCCAGCUCUUGCACCGUGGCUGACGGAAAACUGGAGUCGUCACGUGUCUGAGGUUACACACCACGACGACACUGAAACAGAAGCUGAGGUGGAGCUCUCAGGAGGGACAGACGUUUCCUCAUCGAUACGUGAUAUCCCACACAGGGGGCUGGGACUGAGAUGUUCAAAGCUCCCCAACAUUUACAGUGGGAGGACGGAGAGAAGCACAGCCCUGCACGCACAACAUAUCCCUCCGCUCAGAGUCGGAGACUUUAUACGGACCUUCCCGUUUAGCACAGCCACUCUGAGGGCCUCGCAGCAGAAGCUGGAUGUGAAGUUGGUCAUACAGGAGCUUCACAGGCUCACGGCUCAGUUGGCCACAUCAAGCAGGAAGUUGAGGAGAGAAGAGGAAGAGGGGAGAGAGAUGGAAGGUGAAGAAGACUUUGAUUCAUUGCUGUGGGGGCCAAAGGAUCCUCCAUUGCUCAGUCAACGCUUUAAACCCACUUAGAGGAUUUUUCUAUCUGCCACGUCUCAAGGUCCGAUUCAUGAAAAUGAGCACAGGAGCGCCAGCACGCUGUUUGCUU